AUGGACGCCAAGUUUGCGCCCGCAAAGCGCGUCGCGGGGCAGAGGCAGGAUGUUUGGUCUAUCGUUAACGAGGCCGCCGCAGCGUCUCCCGUGCAGCCGAUUGUGAACAUGGGCCAAGGGUUUUUUGGCUACAAUCCUCCCCAAUUCAUCAUCGACGCUGCGAAGAGUGCGCUUGACCGAGUAGAGUGCAAUCAAUAUUCCCCUACCAAAGGCCGGCCGAGGUUAAAAAAGGCCCUCGCCGAUGCAUACUCUCCCUAUUUUGGACGAAAGUUGGAUCCAGAAACCGAAGUCACCAUUACAACGGGGGCCAAUGAAGGCAUGUUGAGUGCGUUCAUGGGGUUUAUUGAACCAGGCGACGAAGUGAUCAUAUUCGAACCCUUCUUCGACCAGUAUCUCAGUAAUAUUGAGAUGCCUGGCGGAACAAUAAGAUAUGUCCCCAUGCACCCACCCGCAGACGGCGCGGAACGAACAUCCUCCGCGGCGAACUGGACCAUCGACUUUGACGAGCUGGAGAAGGCAUUUAACUCCAAGACAAAGAUGAUUGUGUUAAACUCGCCUCACAACCCAGUCGGGAAAGUUUUGAAUAAGGAAGAGCUGACGAAAAUUGGCGACCUGUGCUUGAAACAUAAAGUCAUCAUCCUGUCGGACGAGGUGUAUGACCGUUUAUACUAUGUUCCCUUCACAAGAAUAGCUACACUCUCUCCCGAGCUCGCCAAAAUAACCAUCACCGUGGGGUCCGCCGGGAAGAAUUUCUACGCGACCGGCUGGCGCGUAGGCUAUCUAAUCGGCCCUCCAGAGCUGAUCAAAUACGUGGCCGCAGCACAUACGAGAAUCUGCUACUCGAGUGUUUCACCUUUACAAGAAGCAGCGGCAAUCGGGUUCGAACAGGCAGACAAAGUGGGGUUCUGGGACCAACAAAUUACAGAGAUGAAAGGCAAAAUGGACCGCUUCUGCCAGAUCUUCGAUGAACUGGGCAUUCCCUACUCAGUUCCUGAGGGUGGCUACUUUGUGCUCGCAAACCUGUCAAAGGUCAACCUUCCCGAGGGCUACAAGUUCCCGGACCAUGUCAAAGACCGCCCACGAGAUUUCAAGAUGUCCUGGUUUUUGAUCAUGGAGUUGGGGGUUGCCGCGAUUCCGCCGAGUGAGUUCUACACGGACGAAAGGGCACAUUUGGCGGAGGAUUGGAUGAGAUUCGCCGUUUGUAAGAACGAUGAUGUCUUGGAAGACGCAAAGGACCGACUGAGGGGUCUGAAAAAGUAUAUGGCCUAA